CGGGGAUGAUUCGGGGAGGGAAUCCAGAGCAGAAGAAGAAAAAAAAAAAAAAAGGUCGGGGAGACAGGGACGACAGCCAAGAGAAGGAGACCGUCAGAUGAGACAUCAGAAAAGGACAAUAAAUAAUACAACACGCCUUGCCCCCAUCCACGUCCAGCUGAAUCGGAAAUCUUCCGAGAUCGACUUGCAUCACACACACGCCUUGUCGCCGCCCGGCCAAUCACUGUCAGCUCGUGACCGCAAAUGGCAAUUCAUGGGCUCUGGUCCCCCCCCUUGUCCUUCGUCGUCGUCCUCUUCCAUUUUCCCCCCUUGGUUUCUCUCUCUUCGUUGACUUUCGGGCUGGGUUUCGUCUUACUUGUUUCUUCAUUUAUCCUCUUGUCACUAUUUCCCUUUACUUAUUUAUCUUACUUUUGUUCUUUUUUCUCAGCUAAUCCUCCCCUUCUUCCUAUGAGUAAUCAUCUCAUUUCUUCUUCUUCCUUUUGGUCCCACCUCCCGACGUCUCUUUUCGCCGUCUCGUCCCCUGCCAACCCCCCCCCCCCCCGUCUCUGGCUUGAUUUCAUACCUACACAUAGCCUAUCCGCUUCCACCGUUACGACUAGGAGCUGAUGAGACGGCGUGCGGCAGCACACGGCGGCGCACGGCGACUACCACCACCUCGUUCUAGCCCCGGUCCAACUGCGGGUGCCCGCAGACGUACGCGAACGCCUAGAUGCUAUGCACA